AAAUGCGGAUCAGGAUUCUUUCUGAAAGAAGACAUUGGGCUCUCCUUGCACCUUAUCCGACAAUCACGCUAAUAUGUGACGAACAGAGCAGCUUGGGCCAUCGUACAGUUCCUAUGCUAUGUCGAAGUUGUCAAUCUAGACUAGCACAGCAUAUUUCAUUGCAGGCCUCAGGCCAUCAUCGAAGUGGGGCCCAUAGCCCCGCGUCAAUGUGCACGCAUCAGCUUCCACAGACACUUUCCUUAGCACAAACAACAAUGUAGCAACCUCAAAGUCGAUCUGCUACGGCACGAUCAACACCACAAAAACCAUCCAACCAUGUCUCACUGCCACGACGAACAUCACGACCACAGCCAUGACCACUCCCACGGCGCUCACGACCACACCAACGACAUAACCCCCGCCCUCCAACACCACAUCUACGACCAAAUCGACUUCUCCGCCAUCACAACCCUCAACGAAUCCACAUCCCGCUCAGGCGCCGCAAUCGUGCAAAAAACCUGGUCCGAACGCCUCAACCCCUCUCCCUCCCUCCUCAGCGAAACCGACGAACAACUCCUCAUGCACAUCCCCUUCACAGCUCAAAUCCGCCUUCACUCCAUCCUCAUCCGAACCUCCACCACCGACUCCGCACCCAUGACCCUAAAACUGUACGUCAACCGCGAAGGCCUCGAUUUCAGUACCGCGGCAGAUUUACCUCCGACGCAGACAUUAGAGUUGGCGCAGAGUAAUGAUGUGCAAGAAGUUCCCGUGAAACGAGCUCUGUUUAAUACAGUGAGGAGUUUGGAUUUGUUUUUUCAGGAUAAUUGGGGGAGAGGAGAUGAAGAUGAGACGAGGGUGGAUUAUUUGGGUUUCAAAGGGGAGUGGAUGAAAUUGAGUAGAGAACCGGUGAAUUUCUUGUAUGAGGCUGCUGCGAAUCCAAAUGAUCAUAAGUUGCCUUCGGGAGUAGGGGAGAGGUUGGGAAGUGAUAUUGGAGGAGCUGGCGGUGGUCGGCAUGGGAUGUGAUGUCGCGAGCAUGAGCAUUCUUGCAAUCAGUAUCGAAGAGCGGACAGCGAACGAGAAAGAACGGUUCUUUUGGCUGCACAAUCUCAGACUACACUACAUUACAGAUGAUCUUCGAAGAACACUGUACAGGGUAUCCUCACAAAAAAAAGAAAUCGAACAUGUGCUGUGCUCCGCGGACAACUCAGAAACA